AUGACCGUUUCGAUGAUGAUGCGCAAUAUGUUUUUCGUACUUGCUUUGAUUCUGUGUGUUACCUCUUUUUGUGUGGCUGCUGAAGAGCGUCUUGGUGAAGGUGUUGUUCCAGAAACUGAAGCUAAAGCUAGAGUUCUUAGACCUGACGAGGAAAGGAGUGAUCUGCCACCUGUUAAUCCCCCAGGUUCUCCUGGUUCUCGAGGUCCUGCUGGUCUUCCUCCUCCUCUUGAUCACGCUUCUGGCCAUGGAGAGGUUGUUGAGAAACGUAUUCCAGAAGAAAUACCUCCCUUAUUACCAAAACCAUCAGGUGCGGAGGAACAACAACCGAGAUCUGAUGCGGAUAGAGAGUUGGCAGAACAAAAAGUGAAAGUUCCAGACGCUCAGGAACACAAAAAACAUUCUUUAGAAGAGACCACAGAAGUCGUCAAUCAUGCACCCACUCCAGGAUCUCAUCCUUCUAAAGAACAAGGCGACUCUACUCAUCUCCCAUCUCAAGGUGCUCCAUCUUCUGUUACUCCAUCAGGUGAAGAAGAGAGCAGAGGGCAGUCUGACAGUGAAACAACAACAGUAAGCCCUGGUACCUCAGAAAACCCCAAUGGUACGGAUAAUGUGCAAACACCUGGAAAAGAACAGAGUACUCAGACGGGUAAUGGUACACAAGGCACAAGUGAUGCGCAGGGCACUACAAACGCACAAGAAGCUACAAUCCCACAACCUUCUUCUCCUUCUGACACUUCCAGCAGUUCAAUUACAGAUAAUACCGACGAAACAACUUCUGGGAGUGAUGACACCGGUUCACAGAAUGAGUCUACAAACAUCACAGGUGUUGCAGGAAAUACAACCACUACUACUACUACUACUACCACCACUACAACCACAACAACAACAACACUUCCUCCUGAACUCACAAACAACAAGAAGGGUGAUGCAGACAACAGCAGCAGUAUCAUCAGUUCUGUGUGGGUGCGUGUACCACUACUGAUUGUGGUUACACUGGCCUGUAUUCUUGUGUGCUGA